AUGGCGGCAGCCGUGCGGCUCGCCGCGCUGGUGCUGCUGCUCCGGGGGCCGGGCGGCUGGGGCCAUGCCGAGCCCCCACGCGACAGCCUGCGGGAGGAGCUCGUCAUCACCCCGCUGCCUUCCGGAGACGUGGCCGCCACGUUCCAGUUCCGCACGCGCUGGGAUUCGGAGCUGCAGCGCGAGGAAGUUUCUCAUUAUAGGCUCUUCCCUAAAGCCCUGGGACAGUUGAUCUCCAAGUAUUCUCUCCGGGAGCUGCACCUGUCCCUCACUCAGGGCUUCUGGAGGACUCGGUACUGGGGGCCACCCUUCCUGCAGGCCCCAUCAGGUGCAGAGCUCUGGGUCUGGUUCCAAGACACCGUCACUGAUGUGGAUACAUCCUGGAAGGAGCUCAGUAACGUCCUCUCAGGGAUCUUCUGCGCCUCUCUCAACUUCAUCGACUCCACCAACACGGUCACCCCCACUGCCUCCUUCAAACCCCUGGGGCUGGCCAAUGACACGGAUCACUAUUUCCUCCGCUACGCCGUGCUGCCGCGGGAGGUUGUCUGCACCGAGAACCUCACCCCCUGGAAGAAGCUCUUGCCCUGUAGUUCCAAGGCAGGCCUUUCUAUGCUGCUGAAGGCUGAGCGCUUGUUCCACACUAGCUACCACUCCCAGGCAGUGCACAUCCGCCCGAUUUGCAGAAAUGCUCGUUGUACCAGCAUCUCCUGGGAGCUGAGGCAAACUCUUUCCGUUGUGUUUGAUGCCUUCGUCACGGGGCAGGGGAAGAAAGACUGGUCCCUCUUCCGGAUGUUCUCCCGAACUCUCACAGAGCCCUGCCCCCUGGCUUCAGAGAGCCGAGUGUACGUGGACAUCACCAGCUACAGCCAGGACAAUGAAACUCUGGAGAUGAACCCGCCUCCCCUCAGCACAUAUCAGGAUGUCAUUCUAGGCACCCAGAGGACCUAUGCUGUCUACGACUUGUUUGACACGUCUGUGAUCAACAGCUCCCGCAACCUCAACCUCCAGCUCAAGUGGAGGAGACCCCCAGAGAAUGAGGCCCCGCCAGUGCCCUUCCUGCACGCCCAGCGGUACGUGAGUGGCUACGGGCUGCAGAGCGGGGAGCUGAGCACGCUGCUGUACAACACCCACCCGUACCGGGCCUUCCCCGUGCUGCUCCUGGACAUUGUGCCCUGGUACCUGCGGCUGUACGUGCAUACCCUCACCAUCACCUCCAAGGGCAAGGAGAACAAGCCAAGUUACAUCCACUACCAGCCUGCCCAGGACCGGCUGCAGCCCCACCUCCUGGAGAUGCUCAUUCAGUUGCCGGCCAGCUCGGUCACCAAGGUUUCCAUCCAGUUUGAGCGGGCGCUGCUCAAGUGGACCGAGUACACCCCGGACCCCAACCACGGCUUCUACGUCAGCCCGUCUGUCCUCAGUGCCCUUGUGCCCAGCAUGGUGGCAGCCAAACCCGUGGACUGGGAAGAGAGUCCCCUCUUCAGCAGCCUGUUCCCAGUCUCCGACAGUUCUAGCUACUUCAUGCGGCUCUACACGGAGCCGCUGCUGGUGAACCUGCCCACGCCGGACUUCAGCAUGCCCUACAACGUCAUCUGCCUCACGUGCACGGUGGUGGCCGUGUGCUACGGCUCCUUCUACAAUCUCCUCACCCGGACCUUCCACAUCGAGGAGCCCAGGACGGGCGGCUUGGCCAAGAGGCUGGCCAACCUUAUCCGUCGGGCCCGCGGCGUCCCCCCUCUCUGA